AUGGUUGCAGGACACCCCACCAGAAAACAACAAAUUGAGCUCUCCCCAGGGUUGCCUAAGAUAGACACGGCGCAAUUCCCAUGGCGCGGCGUAAGCAAGCUCUGGUUCACUGAAAUUAUUAAAGAGAUGGAAACACUCAAAGUAGCUCAAUGGUGGCUUUGCAACACUAUUUGUGAUCUUGAGCCUGCAGCAUUCUCCAUUUCACCAAGGUUCCUACCAAUUGGUCCAUUCAUGGAAACUUAUGAUAAUAACAAGGCUUCUUCUUCAUUGUGGCAAGAAGACACAACUUGCCUACAUUGGUUGGAUCAACAACCAACUCGAUCCGUCGUGUAUGUUUCGUUUGGUAGUUUGGUUGUGUUGGAAUCAAAUCAAUUCAAAGAACUAGCACUCGCGCUUGAUCUCCUUAACAAGCCUUUUCUUUGGGUUGUUCGCGCCAACCAUAAUAACAUUGAUUCAUCAUAUCCCAAAGAAUUUCAUGGAAGUAAAGGUAAAAUUGUGGCUUGGGCGCCACAGAAGAGGAUCCUAAAUGAUUUUUUAAAAUAA